AUGCCUGGCGGAGUCUCUGUUCGCGACGUUGAUGCGCACAAGUUCAUCAAGGCCUAUGCUGCCUUCCUGAAGCGCCAGGGCAAGCUGCCCAUUCCCGGUUGGGUCGACACCGUCAAGACCGGCCCUGCCAAGGAGAUGCCUCCCCAGGACAUUGACUGGUUCUACGUCCGUGCCGCCUCGGUUGCCCGCCACGUCUACUGCCGCAAGACCGUUGGUGUUGGCCGCCUCCGCAAGGUCCACGGCACUGCCAAGAACCGCGGCAGCCGCCCCUCGCACCACGUUGAUGCCUCAGGCAGCGUCGACCGCAAGGUUAUGCAGUCGCUGGAGAAGAUCGGUAUCCUCGAGCAGGAUGAGGAGAAGGGUGGCCGCCGCAUCACCCAGGCUGGCCAGCGUGAUCUGGACCGUAUCGCCAUGACCGUGGCUGAGGCCGAGGAGGAGGAGGAGGAGGAGGAGUAA